AUGGUCAACCUACAGUGCAUCUGCACUGCAUUCAGUGAAUGUAAGACUCGGGUCACAGGAUUUCUACGGCUCUUUGGGUACUGCAGUCCAGGCUCUGUGAGUUUACCCCUCAAUCCCAAAUCUUUCCUCAAUGGAUUAACAGGAAAAUCAGUAAUGGUGAAAUUUAAGUGUGCAAGGGAAUACAAUGGCUACCUGACAUCUGUAGAUGGCUAUAUUAACAAGCAGCUUUCAAACACGGAAGAAUACAUAGAUGGAGCUUUGUCUGGACACUUGGGUGAAGUUCAAAUAAGAUGUAAUAAUAGCCUUUAUAUCAAGGAUGUUGAAGAUGAGGAAGAAGAUGGAGAAAUGAGAAAAUAG